AUGGCGAACGACUCCCCUGCCAAAAGUCUGGUGGACAUCGACCUGUCCUCCCUGCGGGAUCCGGCGGGGAUUUUCGAGCUGGUGGAAGUGGUGGGAAAUGGCACCUACGGACAAGUCUAUAAGGGUCGACAUGUUAAAACAGGUCAGCUGGCAGCCAUCAAAGUUAUGGAUGUUACCGAGGAUGAAGAGGAGGAAAUCAAACUGGAGAUAAAUAUGCUGAAGAAAUAUUCUCAUCAUAGAAAUAUUGCAACGUAUUACGGUGCUUUCAUUAAAAAGAGCCCCCCAGGACACGAUGACCAGCUUUGGCUCGUUAUGGAGUUCUGUGGGGCCGGAUCCAUCACAGACCUCGUGAAGAACACCAAGGGCAACACGCUGAAGGAAGACUGGAUAGCCUACAUCUCCAGGGAGAUCCUGCGGGGCCUGGCCCAUCUCCACAUCCAUCACGUGAUCCACCGCGACAUCAAGGGCCAGAAUGUGCUGCUGACCGAGAACGCAGAGGUGAAGCUAGUGGACUUCGGGGUGAGCGCCCAGCUGGACAGGACCGUGGGGAGGAGGAACACGUUCAUAGGCACCCCCUACUGGAUGGCCCCCGAGGUCAUCGCCUGUGACGAGAACCCGGACGCCACCUACGAUUACAGGAGUGACCUCUGGUCCUGCGGCAUCACUGCCAUUGAGAUGGCUGAAGGCGCUCCCCCUCUCUGUGACAUGCAUCCCAUGAGAGCCCUGUUUCUCAUCCCCCGAAAUCCUCCUCCCCGGCUGAAGUCCAAAAAAUGGUCCAAGAAGUUUUUUAGUUUUAUAGAAGGAUGCCUGGUGAAGAAUUACAUGCAGCGGCCCUCCACUGAGCAGCUUCUGAAGCAUCCUUUCAUUAGGGAUCAGCCGAACGAAAGGCAGGUUAGAAUCCAGCUUAAGGAUCAUAUAGACCGGACCAGGAAGAAGAGAGGAGAGAAAGAUGAGACCGAAUAUGAGUACAGCGGGAGUGAGGAGGAGGAAGAGGAGGCGCCCGAGCAGGAGGGGGAGCCCAGCUCCAUCGUCAACGUGCCGGGGGAGUCGACACUGCGCCGGGACUUCCUGCGGCUCCAGCAGGAGAACAAGGAGCGCUCCGAGGCCCUGAGGAGGCAGCAGCUCCUGCAGGAGCAGCAGCUCCGGGAGCAGGAGGAGUAUAAACGGCAGCUGCUGGCGGAGAGGCAGAAGCGGAUCGAGCAGCAGAAGGAGCAGAGGCGGCGGCUGGAAGAGCAACAAAGGAGAGAGCGGGAAGCCAGAAGGCAGCAGGAACGUGAGCAGCGGAGGCGGGAACAGGAGGAGAAGAGGCGGCUGGAGGAGCUGGAGAGACGGCGGAAGGAAGAGGAGGAGCGGAGGCGGGCGGAGGAGGAGAAGAGGAGAGUGGAGAGGGAGCAGGAGUACAUCCGACGGCAGCUGGAAGAGGAGCAGCGUCACCUGGAACUGCUUCAGCAGCAGCUGCUCCAGGAGCAGGCCAUGCUACUGGAGUGCCGCUGGCGCGAGCUGGAGGAACACCGGCAGGCGGAGCGGCUCCAGAGGCAGCUGCAGCAAGAACAAGCCUAUCUCCUGUCUCUGCAGCACGACCCCCGGAGGCCGCCCCCGCCGCCAGACAGGAGCAAGGCCGGCCUGCACGAACCCAAGGCCCAGCAGGAGCCCGCUGACCGGGCCCGCGAGGUGGAAGAUAGAUUUAGGAAAACUAACCACAGCUCCCCCGAAGCCCAGUCUAAGCAGACGGGCCGAGUAUUGGAACCUCCAGUGCCUUCCAGAUCAGAGUCUUUUUCCAGUGGCGACUCCGAGUCUGUGCACCCUGCCCUGCAGAGACCCGCCGAGCCACAGGUACAGUGGUCCCACCUGGCAUCUCUCAAGAACAAUGUUUCCCCUGUCUCGAGAUCCCAUUCCUUCAGUGACCCUUCUCCUCCCAAAUUUGCACACCACCAUCUUCGCUCUCAGGACCCCUGCCCACCUUCCCGCAGUGAGGUGCUCAGUCAGAGUUCUGACUCUAAGGCGGAGGUGCCCGACCCAGCCCAGAAGGCUUGGUCUAGAUCAGACAGUGACGAGGUGCCUCCAAGGGUCCCUGUGAGAACAACGUCACGGUCCCCUGUCCUGUCCCGCCGGGAUUCCCCACUGCAGGGCAGUGGGCAGCAGAAUAACCAAGCUGGUCAGAGAAACUCCACCAGUAGCAUCGAGCCGAGGCUGCUCUGGGAGAGAGUGGAGAAGCUGGCGCCCAGGCCAGGCAGUGGCAGCUCCUCGGGGUCCAGCAACUCAGGGUCCCAGCCCGGCUCCCACCCGGGGUCUCAGAGUGGCUCCGGGGAGCGCUUCAGAGUGAGAUCAUCAUCCAAAUCUGAAGGCUCGCCCUCUCAGCGCCUUGAAAAUGCAGCAAAAAAGCCUGAAGAUAAAAAGGAAGUGUUUAGACCUCUCAAGCCUGCUGACCUGACGGCGCUGGCCAAAGAGCUCCGGGCCGUGGAGGACGUGCGGCCGCCGCACAAGGUGACGGACUACUCCUCCUCCAGCGAGGAGUCGGGGACGACGGACGAGGAGGACGACGACGUGGAGCAGGAAGGGGCCGAGGAGCCCACGUCUGGCCCGGAGGACACCAGAGCCGCAUCAUCUCUGAACUUGAGCAACGGUGAAACGGAGUCUGUGAAAACCAUGGUUGUCCAUGACGAUGUGGAGAGUGAACCAGCCCUGACCCCGUCCAAAGAGGGCACGCUGAUCGUCCGCCAGAGUGCAGUUGACCAAAAGCGCGCCAGCCAUCAUGAGAGCAAUGGCUUUGCGGGUCGCAUUCACCUCUUGCCAGAUCUCUUACAGCAAAGCCAUUCCUCCUCCACUUCCUCCACCUCCUCUUCCCCAUCCUCCAGCCAGCCGACACCCACCAUGUCCCCACAGACACCCCAGGACAAGCUCACUACUAAUGAGACUCAGUCCGCUAGUAACACACUCCAGAAACACAAAUCCUCCUCCUCCUUUACACCUUUUAUAGACCCCAGAUUACUACAGAUUUCUCCAUCUAGCGGGACAACAGUGACUUCUGUGGUGGGGUUUUCCUGUGAUGGAAUGAGACCCGAGGCCAUGAGGCAAGACCCUACGCGGAAGGGCUCAGUGGUCAAUGUCAAUCCCACCAACACUCGGCCCCAGAGCGACACUCCAGAGAUUCGCAAAUACAAGAAGAGGUUUAACUCCGAGAUCCUGUGUGCUGCCUUGUGGGGAGUGAACUUGUUGGUGGGUACCGAGAGUGGCCUGAUGCUGCUGGACAGAAGUGGCCAAGGGAAGGUGUAUCCUCUGAUCAACAGAAGGCGAUUUCAGCAGAUGGACGUCCUGGAAGGCUUGAACGUCUUAGUGACGAUAUCUGGCAAAAAGGAUAAGUUACGUGUCUACUAUUUGUCCUGGUUAAGAAAUAAAAUACUUCACAAUGACCCAGAGGUUGAGAAGAAGCAGGGUUGGACAACAGUCGGGGACCUGGAAGGCUGUGUGCAUUAUAAAGUUGUAAAGUACGAAAGGAUCAAAUUUCUGGUCAUUGCUUUGAAGAGCUCUGUGGAAGUCUACGCGUGGGCACCCAAGCCAUAUCACAAAUUCAUGGCCUUUAAGUCGUUUGGCGAGCUGGUGCACAAGCCAUUGCUGGUGGAUCUCACUGUUGAGGAAGGCCAGAGGCUGAAAGUGAUCUAUGGAUCCUGUGCUGGAUUCCAUGCCGUUGAUGUGGACUCAGGAUCGGUCUAUGACAUUUACCUACCAACACACAUCCAGUGUAGCAUCAAACCCCACGCGAUCAUCAUCCUCCCCAACACGGAUGGCAUGGAGCUCCUGGUGUGCUAUGAAGAUGAAGGGGUUUAUGUGAACACCUACGGGAGGAUCACCAAGGAUGUGGUUCUGCAGUGGGGCGAGAUGCCAACGUCUGUAGCAUAUAUUCGAUCCAAUCAGACGAUGGGCUGGGGAGAAAAGGCCAUAGAGAUCCGAUCUGUGGAAACUGGUCACUUGGAUGGCGUGUUUAUGCACAAAAGGGCUCAAAGGCUGAAAUUCCUGUGUGAACGCAAUGACAAGGUGUUCUUCGCCUCGGUCCGGUCCGGGGGCAGCAGCCAGGUUUACUUCAUGACGCUCGGCAGGACCUCUCUUCUGAGCUGGUAG